AUGGGCAAAAAUAAAAAAAAAGGAGCAUCCCGCAUUGAAAGGGCAACUGCUAAAAAAGAAAAAAAGAUAGCUCAAAGGAUCAAAAAGGAUAUUGGAAAAAUUGGAGAGCCUGAGGUAUCUACUAUAGUGGCUCAUAUUGAGGCUCAGAACAAGGCAAAAAUUAAAGUGACUGAAACAAAAAUUGAUAAUCCUUCAAGGAGAUCAAAUUUUACAUUUCUUACACAUCCAUAUAAAGAUGAAAUUAUUCUAUUUGGCGGAGAAUUCCAUAAUGGUAAAAAUACCAUAAUGUACAACGAUUUAAUAUUUUAUAAUAUAAGUAAUAAUACAUGGACGUUAGUGGAUGCUCCUGGUGCACCACCUUCUAGAUCAUCUCACUCUGCAGUAAGUGUUGCUGCAGAUAAUGGACAGUUGUGGAUUUUUGGCGGAGAAUUCGCUAGCCCUUCAGAGUCUCAAUUUUAUCAUUAUAAUGAUUUAUGGGUUUUUGGACUAAAGAAUCGAAAUUGGACAAAAGUUAUGGCUGAAGGAGGACCUUGCGGUCGGAGUGGUCACAGAAUGGUACUUAGCAAACGUCAUUUGGUAUUAUUUGGCGGAUUUCAGGAUAAUACUCAUAAUUAUCAAUAUUUUAAUGAUUUAUAUGCAUUCAGUUUAGCUGACUAUAAAUGGAAAACUAUCAAAACUUCUGGACAAGCACCUUCACCAAGAUCUGGUUGUCAAAUGUUUGCUAUUAGUGAUGGUAGAAUUAUUGUAUAUGGCGGUUAUUAUAAAGAAAAAGUUAAAAAAGAUUAUGACAAAGGAACAAUUUUAAUUGAUAUGCAUAUGUUAACCCCUGAAAAAGGUGAUAUAGAUUGUUCAAACUAUCGUUGGUCAAAAGUGAAACAAGCUGGUUUUUUACCAACUGCUCGUUGUAGUUUAUCUAGUUCACCAAUCCCUGGACAAAAUAAGGCAUAUGUAUUUGGAGGUGUUCAUGAUAAUGAACAGGGAGAAGAUGAUUUGACUAGUACAUUUUUUAAUGAAUUGUAUAUGUUAGAUAUGGAACAAAGUACACCCACUUGGAGAUUUGUUAUAUAUCACGAUUUACCUUCUGGAGAACCACGAAGUUUUGCAGAUUCAUAUUCAUACACACCGAGUCCACGGUCACAUAGUGGAUUAGCAUUUAAACAUAAUACUUUGUUUGUCUAUGGUGGAAUUGUCGAAAAAGGCUCAAAAUCUCUGACACUCAAUGACUUUUAUUCGUUAGACAUUAAAAAGUUAAAAAACUGGAAUGUAAUUUGCAAUGACGAUAUUUUAAAAACUGUGACUUCAGACUCUAGCUCUGAUGAAAGUAUGUCGACCGGUAACUCGAGUUCAGAAUCUUCUGAAUCUGAUGGAUCAUCAUCAGAUGGACAAAUGGAUACUGAUUGA